AUGUUAAUAAAUAAAGAAUUAUAUUUAAUAUAAUGGAUAAUCAUAGCGCUCACACUUUCUUUAUUACUUCUCUUUGAUACCGUACUUAUUUAGAUUUCUAUUAUUGGAUCAUUAAUUUAUUUUACUUGGAAAUUAAGCCCUAAACGUUACCCAAAAUUAGGAAUUGAAAUUUCAAAAAUUAAUGCAACUUGUGUUGUAUUUGGAUUUCUUAUCUACUUUGCUUGGAUUAUCAGAGAGAAUCAUGUAGGAUUCAGCAUUUUUUUAAUGAAUUAAGUCUUAUUUCAUAUGGGUGAGAUGUUGCAUGUGGCAUUCUAUAAAUUCAAUUUAUUAAAAUGGGGAAGUAUAUAUUUUAAUAAUUAGGUUAUUUAAUCAAUCAUAGUUUUGGAUAUAAUUUAGCAAUAUCAUUCUCAAUAUCUGAAUAUUUUGCAGAAUCCUAUUUUUUCAAUAAGAAUUAUUAAACAUUGAUUUUAAUUGGUGUAUUAUGUACAUUGGUUGGACAUAUAUUUAGAAUAGGUGCUUUUAUAUCAGCAAAACAAAGUUUUCAUCAUUAAGUUUAAAGUAAAAAAGCAUCUGACCAUAUCUUGAUUACAACAGGAAUUUAUAAGUAUUAACAUAUUGUUAUUUCAUAGAUUCAGUAGACACCCUAGUUAUUUUGGCUUUUUCAUAUAUUCUCUGGGAUAAUAAAUAAUAUUGUAGAAUCCUAUUUCCUUUAUUGCUUAUAUUCCUGUCUUAUAUAAAUUUUUUAUUUAGAGAAUUUAUUUAGAGGAANAAUAAGAAGAUAAAGAUCCUUUAAAACAAUAUGAUAUUGUCAUCCCAAUCCAACCAAGAAAAUUAAGAUCCUUUAAUUAAUUAAGGAAUAAGAAGGUUAGCCAAUCAAUAUAAUCAAAAAAAAAGGAUUAAGAAGUCUCCAUAUGUAGUAUUGAUAGAUUUGCUUAAUUUCCUUAAAGCUUUCAAUAAAAACAUUCUUUUAAAUCUCUAAUGGAACAAUACUUCUAAUAAAUAAAUUAAAAAUAAAAUAAACCAAGAUAAAUUUCAUAAAAAACUAAUAGAUUAAGAAAUUAUUCCAAUUACAUAGAACCUUUGAAUAGUAAAAAUGCCAAAAAGUCUCGAAAUGAAAUUCUUAUUCAAGAUUUUAGUACAUAUUCUAAUAGAUAAAUCAAAUUAUCAGAAAUGUGUAGAGAUAUAAUGGUCUACAAACCUCUUAAAAAUUAAUCUUCUUAUUUUCCUUAAUUAAAAUUUCACUUUCAUAUUAAAUGA